AUGGCCAUCUUCUCGCAGACAUGGACCCUCACGAAGAAGACGCUCAUGGUCGUCUUCGUCCGGCACUGGUUCUUCACGAGCAUUCGUGCGUUUUGGGCACCUAUCAUAUUUAUGUUCUUCAUAACAUACGCAAAGAACUUCUUCGUCCCUCCAUCUGAGUUCGGUAUCGGUUCUCCGACCCCCAUUCGAAGCUUCGAAAGCGCUCUCGCUGCCGCCACUGGCAAUCGGAACACCGUCGUCUUCGUAAACAAUGGGCAUACUGGAGGAGACAUCGAGAGGGUCAUUGAGAGCUUGUCGGAUACAGUCAGAGGCGCUGGGAAAACUGCGAUUACGGCGGGACAAGAUGUGGAUCUUCUGACCUUAUGCGCGAGCUCAUUGCGAGGCGCAAGUACGUGUUACGGCGCGAUCAGCUUCCACUCGUCGCCCUCGGAAGGAGAUGGUCUGGGCUGGAACUAUACCAUGCGUGCCGACGGCACAUUUGGAGUGAGGAUCUAUGUCAAUGAGGAAAACAACGACAUCCAAGUCUAUGUCCUGCCGUUUCAGAACGCUGUAGACCGAGCCAUUGCCUCUAUGAACGGCACCACGUUGCCCAAUGCGAUCGACGAGUACCCUUUCACGAGCAAGACACAAGAGGAGCGUGAGGAGAGCAUACGGACAUCAUACAUGGGCGCUUUGAUAGACAUCAUGGCCGUAGCAUUGUACAUUGGCGUGUGCGGUGUCACGUACCAGCUCACUGGGCAAAUGGCGUCUGAAAGAGAGGGUGGCAUCUCGCAGCUUGUAGAAGCAAUGUCUCCUGCGAAGAAGCCGUGGCAUACCCAGGCUGCACGCCUCUUAUCGAACCAUAUCGCGUUCGACAUCAUCUAUCUCCCUGGUUGGAUCAUCAUGGGCAUAAUCGUGAGGCAACUUGCUUUCGUGCACACAAACGUAGGCAUCUUGAUCAUAUACCACAUUCUUGUAGGCGGUGCCCUGACCAGCUUUUCCAUCUUCGGCGCAAGCUUCUUCAAGAAGGCACAACUGUCCGGCAUCACUAUGGUCAUCCUGCCCAUCAUACUGGCCAUCAUUGCGCAGGUCGCUGGACCGUAUAGUACAGGCGCUGUAGCCGUGCUGAGUUUGUUGUUCCCAAGCAUGAACUACGUAUGGUUUAUCACAUGCAUCGCUCGCUGGGAGCGCACUCUGCAGCCCACGAAUCUGGUUAAGGCCCCGCCGGUCUACGAUGACAUUAACUGGACUCUGCCUGGCAUUGCCUUCUGGAUCUUCUGCAUCAUCCAAAUCUUUGCAUACCCCGUUUUAGGCGCAGUCGUAGAACGAUGGCUUUAUGGCACCGUCUCAAAGGAGCGGAAGACGACAACUUCCUCGCCUGAGCAUUCUAUCAUUCUCUCCUCGUUCUCGAAGCACUGGACACCGAGCUGGUUAAGCACCAACGUGCUCGCCAAGAUCGGCAUCAAGCCACCCGAGACGGUACUUGCCGUGAACGACUUCAGCAUCAAAGCCCGUCGCGGCCAAAUCAUGGUCCUCCUAGGAGCUAACGGCAGCGGCAAAUCUACGACACUGGAUGCCAUCUCAGGCUUGAACACCAUCACGAGCGGUUCCAUUGAAAUUGACGGCACUGGGGGUCUCGGCCUCUGCCCACAGAAGAACGUCAUGUGGGACGAGCUAACCGUCUUCGAGCACGUGCAAAUAUUCAACAGACUGAAAUCGGCAGGCACCACGGAUAAUGAGGACACGAUCAGGGACCUUAUCAGGGCGUGUGACCUUGGUCACAAGAUGAAGGCGCAGUCCAAGACCCUGUCCGGCGGGCAGAAGAGGAAGCUCCAGCUUGCCAUGAUGUUCACAGGAGGCAGUAGGGUCUGUUGUGUUGACGAAGUGUCAUCGGGCUUGGACCCUCUUUCCCGACGCAAGAUUUGGGAGAUACUUCUCGCUGAGCGAGGCGACCGAACCUUUCUCCUCACCACACACUUCCUGGACGAGGCUGACGUUCUCGCCGACUACAUUGCCAUCCUCUCUCGUGGCAACCUCAAGACCAAGGGCACUUCUGUCCAACUCAAGCACAACAUUGGAGCAGGUUACCACGUCACGUACCCCAAGGAUGUCUCCGUCACUCCUCUUGAUGGCAUUCGCAAGCCCGCACCAUCUGAAGCCAUGGCCACAUACUGGUUCCCCAACGCCCUCGGUGCCACCAAGUUUGUCGACGAGCUCCGCUCCCACGGCGUCAAGAACUAUGAUAUCGUUGGCCCAACCCUUGAAGACGUCUUCUUGGCUCUCGCGGAAGAAGUCAAGGAACACAACCUCGACACGGAAGAUACCAACACUCCCAUCACCUCGUCGCCCAAGAAUGCAGAUGUCAUUAUGCCUUCCUCUGACCAGAACUCCGAAGAGGCAGACAAGAGCCUACAGAUGUCCAAAGGCAAAGGUACGACCAUGCCGCAGCAGACGCUUAUUCUCAUCCGCAAACGCUUCACUAUCCUUCGUCGGAACUACUGGCCAUACGUAUGUGCUGUGCUACUGCCUAUCAUUGCUGCCGGCCUUGUCACGCUCUUCCUCAAGAACUACAGAGCAGUGGGAUGCAGUCCUGGCGAGUCCGCCAGCAACCCUAACACCUACUCUAUCGCCAAUGUAGACACUGACAGAUCCCUUCUCAUCCCCGUUGGUCCACCGGAUCGUGUCGACAUCCGCACGCUCGCCGCAGUUUCUGGGCUUGAUCAGUCCAACUUCCAAUCCGUCGACACCCUCGACGACUUCAACAGGUUCAUCGAGACCAGGUUCCAUAAUGUCACUCCUGGUGGCUUCUUCAUCCAAGACAGUGGGCCUCCUGUCAUGUCCUAUGUCGGCAACGGCGGCGUCCUUCCAGGUCUUGUCACUCUCAGCGCUCUCGACACCGUUCUCUCAGACAUACCCAUCUCAACUCAAUAUCAACAGUUCGCCGUGCCUUUCGCCCCCGGAAUGGGUAAGACACUGCAGCUUAUCCUUUACUUCGGCCUUGCUAUGAGUGUAUACCCUGCUUUCUUCGCUUUAUACCCUACCAUCGAGCGAUUGCGCAAGGUUCGAGCAUUGCAUUACAGUAAUGGCAUCCGGGCGGCACCGUUGUGGUUGGCGUAUUUGACCUUCGACUUUUGUUUCGUGCUUGUCAUAUCCGCCGUUGUCACAGGCAUAUUCGUUGGCGCUUCGUCUGUGUGGUACUCACCAGGCUACUUGUUUGUCAUCUUCUUCCUCUACGGCUUAACUUCGACUCUGUUCUGCUACCUCAUCUCGAUCGUCGUAACUUCGCAACUGGCUACCUUUGCCUUCGCCGCCGGUGCCCAAGCAUCGUGUUUCCUGUUGUACUUUAUCGGUUACAUGUGCAUCUUGACAUAUUCUCCUGCAUACCGCAUUGACAGCGAUAUCGAGAUCUUCCAUUUCGCUUUCGCUACUGUCACUCCUUCUGGAAACGUUCUUCGAACGAUGCUCCUGUCCUUGAAUUCUUUCUCCUUACUCUGCCGUGGGGACGAGAUAGCGAGUUACCCUGGAGCAGUCACCGUGUACGGAGGUCCGAUCCUUUAUCUUUCUAUCCAAGCUAUCGUGCUCUUCAUUGCCCUCGUGUGGUGGGAUUCCGGCUACCGUCCACCGAUCCUGAACCGAGCGAAGUCUCGACAGAGGGCGACGGAAGAGUCUAUCGAGCACGUGGUCCCAGCCGUAGCAGCUGAAGUAGCUCGCGCCGAGCAGAGCAACGACAGUCUCCGCGUCUUGCACCUACACAAAGAUUUCGGACACAACCACGCAGUCAACGACAUCACCUUCGGUAUCCCACAAGGGCAAGUCUUCUCUCUCCUGGGACCAAACGGAGCCGGGAAAUCGACCACCAUCUCGCUCAUCCGCGGUGAUGAACAUCCGACAACUAGCAUUAAUGGCGGCGGCGAUGUCCUCAUCGAAGACAUAUCCAUCAUCUCGAAACGAGCAGCAGCACGAGGCCACCUUGGUGUAUGUCCUCAAUUCGACGCCAUGGAUUCUAUGACCGUUACAGAGCAUUUGUACUUCUAUGCUCGCGCAAGAGGCGUUCAAGAUCCAGAGCAUUCCGUGAACGCCAUACUGACGGCGACCGGUCUGGCUCGUUUCCAAACCCGUCUUGCCUCGAAGCUAUCGGGCGGCAACAAGAGGAAGCUCUCCUUGGGCAUCGCGCUCAUGGGCAAUCCGUCGGUCCUACUCCUCGACGAACCAAGCAGCGGUAUGGACGCGGCAGCUAAACGAGUCAUGUGGCGCACGCUUCUCGGGGUCGCUGCUCCUGGUCGCGCUCUUCUGAUCACCACACAUUCCAUGGAGGAAGCAGACAAGCUCGCUACACGAGUCGGCAUCAUGAAGAGGAAGAUGCUUGCACUCGGCACAGUGUCUGAACUGGGUGACCAGUAUGGCGACGCUUUCGUUGUGCAAUUGGUACUUCGGUCUGCGCCAGCCACGACGAUAGAAGAGAUGGAUGCUGUGAGGCAAUGGGUCAGCAGUCGCAUCCCUGGUGUUCAGAUGGACAAGUGGGGCUCGAGAGACGGUGGUCAUGGUCAGCUACGGUUCAAGGUGCUCAAGGCUGGUUCGUCUUCGUCGACUCCUCCACAGACUGUGGAGAAAGUCGAAAAACCCUCGACAAAUGUGCAAGAAGUGGAGCGCACGACUUCGCAGGAUGUCGGCGGAAUUCCAGGGCUCAUUCAGCUUUUGGAGAACAACAGGGAGGAGAUUGGUCUGGAGUACUAUUCCGUCAGUCCGACUACGCUCGACGAAGUUUUCCUUCGGGUCGUUGGCGAGGAGGACGAGGACGACAAGUCGAAGCCGAAGGGCAACUGGAGCAAGCGGCUUCUGAGGGCAGUUGGCAUUUCUGUUAUACCAUAG